UACAAUUUUAUAUUUUUGUGAAAUGGCAAAACUAAUUUGGGAAAAGUAGAGCAAAGCUAUUAAACCUAGAGUUUGGUCUUCACAAGUAACAGAAGCAUCUGGAAUGUUCCGUAAACGGGAAAAAGAUUGAUUUCACACAAUUCGCCUUCGCAGUAGAAUCUUCGCAAAUUCCUCCAAGAAUUAGGUAUGGAGAGAGGAAGGGGAAAUUGGGGAUCAGUUUCUCGUGGUAUGAUUCCUCUGCUAGUGCUGCAUACAGUGAGCGAGUAUUCCAGAAUAGACAGAAAACCCCCAAUUAUUGCUGCACUUCUUGCCUCUAAUACCAUUAUUUACUUGAGGCCCAAAUUUCUUCAUCGUUUCCUCCCCACAAUCGAUCAAGUUUGGUUUAAUCCUCACCUUAUCCUGAAGUACAAGGACCUCACGCGAUUCUUCCUGUCACCGUUCUUCCACAUAAAUGAAUCUCACCUGGUGUACAAUAUGGUUUCACUUUUGUGGAAGGGUAUUCAGUUAGAAACAUCAAUGGGUAGUGCAGAGUUCGUAUCAAUGGUUGCAACCUUAGUUGCCAUGUCCCAAGGUGUCACACUGUUGCUUGCAAAAUCACUUCUGUUCUUUGAUUACGAGAGACCCUACUACAAUGAAUACUCUGUGGGUUUUUCUGGUGUCCUCUUUUCCAUGAAAGUUAUCGCCAAUGCACAAUCUGAUGAUUAUACAUCUGUAUAUGGACUUAUGGUUCCUACUCGUUAUGCUGCCUGGGCAGAACUUGUUCUCAUACAAAUGUUAGUCCCUGAUGUGUCAUUCCUUGGCCACCUUGGGGGAAUACUAGCUGGCCUUCUUUAUUUGCGAUUAAAAGCAUCAUAUUCAGGUCUGAAUCCAGUUAGACAGUUAAUGAGAGCUUUUAGCCAUGCACUGAGCUGGCCUUUAAGAUUAGUGAAGAGCUUAUUUCGAAUCCAACCAAGAAUUACUGGGAGAGGAACUGUUGGUGGGAGGAUUGCACGAGAUACACUUCAUACGUGGAGAUGCGAUGCAUGUACAUUUGAUAAUUCGGGUAGGCUGCACGUUUGCGAAAUGUGUGGCACAGGUCGUACCGGUGGUGGACCAUCAUCCCCUGGUCCAACAAGUGAGAUACAUGAUCUAUCUUUGGAAGAAUUAAGGCGUAGGAGGAUUCAGAGAUUUGGUAGAUAAUAAGGCAUAUUGUUAUCAGGUGUAGAUGGAAAAGCUAUUCUAGCAUGUUUUGAUGUCAUAAUCGCAUUCAUCUCGAUUGUAGAUACUUGAAAAUAUACGAGAGAGAAAGGGUUUAUUUUCCCUCAUUUUUCUUAGUAGAUUAGAUGAUUCUGCUAAGUUGAUAUUGUGUUUUUACCUUUUCAUUUUGUGGUGUUUUAAAAGGUAGUGUUGGAUAAACAUAAACCUACUUUCUCCAUUCA